AUGGGUUGCUAUUGCGUGCUGAGGCAAAAAAAAUCGUCUUAUCUUAAAAUCAUCAGACGUUUAUCCUACAAAGCGUUAUUUGGUGUCGUUUUUCCAGUUGGUCUUUACUCUUCUGAGUUACCUACGGAGACUGUUAAUAUAAGAAUUGAAGAGGAUCCGGAAAAUAUAUUGAUUAAUAAUUACUCUAAUAGCCUCCAUCAAAAUUCAAAUGAUGUUUCGAAAUUGAUUAACAGUACAAGUACUUCACAAGACUCAGAAGCAACAGAAAUAUUUAACAUUGAAGACAUUCAAAUCGUACCUGAAGACAGUGAAGUUCCGCAAGCAAUGGCAAAGUAUUCCAAAUUUAAUAUACAAGACUUUAAAAAGUGUACCUGA